AUGUGGCCCCGUGUAGCAGGGCCUCGCAGGCUGCUCGGGACAACUUUCAUUGUGUUGAUUGUCUGGACUGUCGUCCUUUGGAUCUUCCUCCCCUAUGAUAACCCGGUCCUGCUCCUCUUUCGUUUUGUGAUCCAGAAGACCUUCUCCUUCCUUCGCGUACCAUUCGACGACGAGAGAUGGUUGUACGAACUGCCCGAGUUUCCCGUGGAUUUGAGCAAAGACGUGGCGCUGGUGAUCAAAACGGGCUACGGGACGCAGGAGCGAGUGCCUGCGCUGUUUGACGCCCUCGAGAUGCUCUACCAGAAGGAGGACGACCACAAUAUCCUCGUCGUGGGUGAUUUCUCAACACAAUAUCAGAGCAAUGGGCAGAAGCUGGUCGUUCAUGAUGUGGUAGCUGCCGUGAUGGAGGACGAUAGGCUUCGCGGGGUCCGGCACAUGGAUAGAUUUGACAAGUAUAGAAACAUGACGGCUGCUAUCAAGAAGGGUCAUAAGAAGCAGGCGAAAGAUAUCGCGAAGAAGGUGGGAUGGGAGUUGGAUGCUCUCAAGUUCAUCCCUGGACUUGAGCUAGCAUAUAGGACAUUCCCUGGGAAGAAGUGGUACAUCAUCCAAGACGACGACACAUACAUGGUCAAGCCCUCCCUGGAGCUGAUUUUGGGUCACUUUGACCCCCUGAAACCAUUCUACCUGGGUAAUGUGGUGGGGGACUUCAAGGGGAGAUUCGCACAUGGAGGCUCUGGGAUUAUUCUGUCGCAGAUGGCCAUGAGCCAGCUGUUCGACGCCAAUCCUGAUGUCGUCUACGAUGCCCUUGUCAAUUCCCUCACAGAGACAUGGGGAGACAAGCUCGUUGCAACGACGUUCCUGAAAAUCGGAAUUUAUCUGGAAGAGAGGUACAGCCAUUUCUUCAACGGCGAGCGGCCAUCAAUUACCAAAAUGAGAGCAAGCCGGUUUUGCUCGCCGAUCGUGUCGUUCCACGGGUUAGCAGACCCAUCCCAGAUGCGUCAAGUUGGCGACAUGUUCCAGGAGAUCGACCAACCGGUGUUUUGGAGCCAGCUCUGGGAGAUAUACGACCAGCCGGACCUAUCCAUUUUCGAGAGGAAUCCCAUGCGGCUCGGGCAUGACCACGUGGGGAGGCUGGAUGAGGAGACGAUGACAACGCGCAAUGUCAACUCUGUGGACAAGUGCUUAGCUAUAUGUAAUCGGCAUUUCAAUACUUGCUUGGCCUGGACAUGGGAUAGGGAGACCCACGAAUGCCACAUCAGCCCCUGGGUAAUCAUUGGGGAGAAGGCCAAGACCAAGUUCUCGGGGAUGAAUGUGCAGCGUAUGAAGAAAAUGAUGCGCGAGUGUGGGAGUUGA